UGCCAGGUGUUUGUGAUUGGCAAGGAUUUUGGAGUUUUUGUUCUGUCAUACUUUUGCCUUCUCCAUGAGGAGAGGGUCUCUGGGUUUGUUACACUGGGCAUGCCACUGGCAGCUGGGACUGGUAUUGCACAAAACAUCAAUCUGCCAGAAGGCUUCUAUGUUUCAAGAUGGAAGGAGCCUGGGCGAGCUGAAGCUGAUUUUGGUCGCUUUGAUGCUAAAACAGUUGUGAAGAAUGUGUACAUCCUUUUCUCCAGGAGUGAAUUACCCAUAGCUCAUGAAAACCAAGAGAUCAUGGACAUUGUGGAACCAUCCACUCCUCUACCCCCUUGGUUCACUGAAGUAGACUUGGAAACCUAUGGUGCUUUGUAUGAGAAGUCUGGAUUCAGAACUGCACUGAAGGUUCCUUACAGGACAUUUGGUGAGCAAAUUGACCUUCCUGCUGACCCCAAAGUUGAAGUCCCAGGGCUGUUUAUCAUGGGGGAGAAGGAUUAUGCCCUAAAAGUUCCAGGCAUGGAAGAGUACACAAGGAGUGGAAUGUUGAAAGCUGUUGUGCCCAAAUUGGAGACAGUGUUUAUUGCCCAAGGAAGCCAUUUUGUUCAAGAGCAGUUGGCUGAUGAGGUCAAUCAGCUUAUCCUCAGCUUCGUCACUGCUCAUUCCUCAGCUUAAUAUUGAAUGCUUUUGAGAUUACAAAAGUUAAUAUUGUCGAGCAUGAUGUAUAAUAAAAAUAAUAAAUGUGUAAGUCCGACUAAAGUCGGACUAUCGGAUUAAACUUUUAGUUUAAAUGGAAUAUAUCUUUUUUAAGUAAUAAGAGUCCAUCAUUGACUAUUAAAA